AUGGACCCUAUGACACCCGCACACUCUGGCCAAUGUGUACUCAGUAACACGCAGAUUAUUUUACAGCGGACCAUCGAGUGCCUCGUCAAGAAGAAUAUUACUAGGGCCCUGAAUGUCUCAGUUGAGAUCCCUGCACUCUCAACGAGAUCAAUUACGACUAGCACUUUGUGGUUCUGGGAUGCUUCAAUGUGCUGCAGACAAUUCUGGUCGUUGUGCGCUACUGAGGCUAACAGUUGCCAGAGUCAGCGACACGGAUGGAUAGACCACGUCAGCUUAAGCUUUGCCAGCCGUCGAGAAACGGCCAGGUCAGAUUCAAUGUGUGGUGGCACGAGACACGCCGGAGGAUUGUCGGAAAGUAACCGGCUUCCUCGUUCUUAUUAUUUCUAUCCUCAAUUCCCCCAAAUCUGCCCCAUCAACAGCAACCUGUGUUGCCUGUGGUCUCAGCCACGCUCUAGUAGCUGCAGUAGUAACUAUGCUAGCAGCUGUACUAAUCCUAGUUGCGAUCGGCAUUCACAUGAAUCUAAAUUCGAAAAGGCAAAGUGUUUGCUUCGCUCAGUAAGCCCAAAAGUAAGCGCCCAGAAGAAAUAUGAAGUAGGCCCCGACCUACAGAUCCCCCCGUCAGCCUUGCGCUCAGGAGUAAUAUUUGACACUGUCGUGGCCACACACAACAUGGGACGAUCUACGAGGAAUUUGUAUGAGCCCGUCGCUCGCACCUCGUUUGACGAGGACGAAGAGAUUGAAUUGGCGAGGGAUGAUUCCAUAGAUGGGUAUCCCACUCGUUCUCGAGUCUCCCGCGUCGAUCGUCUGAUAGCCACCUUGUCUCAGACAUCCCGAACAGUGAAGUGGCGCAUACGACGGCGCUACUUUACUGCUACCUUCACAGUUCGUAGGAUUGUCUUUUUUCUGUUCUGCAUCCUGUCUGGCCUGAUUAUUACCACCUUUGUAUUAUUCCCUUCCUAUACUCACUUGCCACCUCACUAUCGGGCCCUGCAAUCAGCCGUCCAAGGCUCCACAACUUCAGGCCGGGGAAAUAUACACAACUCUACCGUCUUCAUCGCGGUCAGCCUUUAUGACAAGACUGGAGCUUUGGCGGGUGGCGCGUGGGGCCAGAGCCUCCUGGAUCUGAUCGACAUGAUCGGGCCGGACCGUGUCUUCCUGAGCAUCUACGAAAAUGACAGCGAUGCGAGUGGCGAGCAAGCAUUGUGGGCACUAAGUGAUCGAGUCCCUUGUAACAAAUCUAUUGUGUACGACAAGCAUUUCGACUUCACGGGCUUUCCCACCGUUACGUUACCCGAUGGUUCCAGCCACGUGCGCCGCGUGGCCUUUCUAGCAGAGGUCCGCAACCGGGCCUUACGUCCCUUAGAUGAUCUGAACCAUCGGUUCGACCGCCUGCUCUUCCUGAACGAUGUCUACUUCGAUCCCCUGGAUGCCUUGCAGCUUUUGUUCUCGACACAUACCCGCGACGGCCGUCCUGACUAUCGAGCUGCGUGUGCAGUCGACUUUAUCAACCCGUUCAAGUUCUACGAUACCUUUGCCUCGCGCGACCUUGAGGGUUACGGCAUGGGACUCCCGUUCUUUCCAUGGUUCACCACUGCGGGUAAAGCGCAGAGCCGCUCCGAUGUUCUGCAGGAAACUGAUGCAGUCCGGGUGCGUAGCUGUUGGGGAGGAAUGGUUGCCUUCGAUGCCGGGUUUUUCCAGAGCGGGACUCCAACAGCAGCAGACACGGAUCAGCCAACCUAUUACCGCGGACGCCGCGUGCCUGUGCAAUUUCGCAGUGAGGAGGAUCUUUUCUGGGAAUCGUCUGAAUGUUGUUUGAUACACGCAGAUAUUCAAAGCUGGCCCUCUUCGUCUUCUAUGGAUGCCCAGAAUGUUGAAGGAGAGGAUGAGGAGGAUUCAGGCAUCUACAUGAAUCCUUUCAUUCGUGUGGCCUACCACCCUCGCUCUUUCAGUUGGCUUAGAAUUACCCGUCGGGUGGAGAGGCUCUAUUCUGUCGCCCAUUGGCUUUCCAGCACCGCGUUUGGCCUUCCGUUUUAUAACCCCCGCCGAGCAGAGAUCCCAGGCGAGGAAGUACAAGAGACGGUCUGGGUUGAGGAUGAAUCGAGUGAAGGGGGUUCAUUUUCGAAGGUGACACGAGUUGCUAAUUACGAUGGAUACUGCGGGAGGUGGGACUUACAGGUCCUUUCUCGUCGAGAGGAGACUGGCGAGGGAGACUAUGGCACUAUGUUUAAUGACUGCACAUCCUACUACCCUACGCCUUUAUUGCACUUAUUCAAUGAAUCAGUUUAUUCCUCGUGGUUUACCAUUAAAAUGAGCUCCCUACGUUGCCUUAUCCCAUCUAUCCGGUUCACGCAGGUCAAACUUAACUCUCUAAAGGUUGACAUCUAG